UUCUGAAAUUACUCUCUAUUUUAUGGACAUAUAUGUCUUUACCUACAUGGGCGGUUUUUUUUAUUUUAAUGACCCAGCCCAUUUAUGUUUAUACUCCCAGUUUUCAAAUAUUUAUGUUUUUACUCCGUGAGCAGUUAUCACUCUUCCCUCUCUUUUCUUUCAUUCUCUUUCAUUCUCUUUCAGUCCUCGCUUUAUUGCCGUUUCUUCGUCUUCCAUUUUCUUCUUUUCUUCAUCGAUUUUGAUUAUUCGUUUCUGGUUCUCAUUGAUAUAUCUGUGUUUUCUGAAUCUUAUCAGUGCGUUUGGUGAGUAAUGUUUACAUUUUUCAAUUAAUUUGUCUGUAAUCGUUUUUUAGGUUUUUUAUGCAUUUUUUUUUGAUAUUUUAUUUAAACUUUUCAAUUGUUUGUUCAUAUUUGUUGAUUUUCUCUUUGUAUUGUGUUGAUUAUAACUGAUUUGUGUUUUAUUUUCAGUUAAUUUGACAUCAUGAGUGAUUCCGAUUUGAAUAAAACAGUAACUCAAAUCAUUAGACAAAUGAAAAGGCCUGUCACUGUUGAUAAUGAAGUGGAUAAUGUCGCUAAUUCUCCUGUAACUGUUGAUAAUGAAGUGGAGAAUGUCGUUAAUUCUCCUGUCACUGUUGAUAAUGAAGUGGAGAAUGUCGCUAAUUCUCCAGUUCGAAAAAGUUUAAGAAUCAAAAUGUUACAUGCAGUUGAAGUUCCUGUUUGUAAGACUGAGAAAAAAUCAAGAAUGAAGAGGAGAGCAGUUAAAAAAUCUGUAUGUGGUAAAAGGAAAGCAGAACCUGUUGUGGUUAAAAGAGACAUUAAGAUGAGAAGGCUUGGAAGUGAUAAUCUGAAUAAAAAUGAUUCUAUUCAGAACUUUGAUCUUUUAAUUGCUCCGAAUCUCCGGUUUGUUGGGAAAGUUGGCAAGGCUUGUUCUUUUGAUGUGAUAAAAAAUAUUAAAUCGAAGCUUAGUUCUGAUCAGCUGUCUACAUUUAAGAGCAGUAGGUUUGGUUUGUAUUUGGAUAUUGGAAAAGAUGUAUUGAGUCUUAGGCUUAUACAUUCCAUACUGCUAAGGGAAGUCCAUCAUCCAAAUAUUGAUGAGCUGUGGUUUUACUAUGGUGGGCAAAACUUGCGUUUCAGUUUGUAUGAGUUUGGAUUGGUGAGCGGUCUUGUGUGCGGUGGGGACGAGUCCAGGUUUUCUGACUAUUUCACUGGUGGAACUUUUUUUGAUAAAUUUUUUAAUGAUGAUAAUAAGAUUAGUCGUUCUGUUAUUGAAUCGAAAUUUAAAGAUGCGGUGUGGGAGAAUGAUGAUGAUGCUGUAAAGUUCGCGAAGCUGUAUUUUGUUCAGUGUUUUCUGUUGGGUAGCCUUGAUAAUACAUUGAUCGACAGCCGAUUUAUUCAUCUACUGGACUGCCCUGAUUUUGAUGAUUUUCCAUGGGGAAAAUAUUCUUUUGAUUUAUUUGUUCAGUCUACCAAGAACAAGCUUUGGACCUUGUUGCAGGCAUCAAAACAAGCUACAUUUUAUCGAUUGUAUGGCUUUCCCUAUGCCAUUCAAUUUUGGUUCUAUGAAACUCUGACUACUGUGCCUGCUUUUUUGUGUUCGUUGAAUAAUGCUGCUGCGUAUCCUCGGUUUAUGCGUUGGAGUCCGAAGGAUAUGAGAAAGAUUCAAAACUUUGAUUUCAAAGUUUUUGAUGAUCCAAAUGAAAAGGUUAUAUCAAGUUCAAACAUUAAAGCCACUGCUUAUGAAUUAAGUGAAAAUAUUGUGUCUGGACUGAAUGAUCAAGAUUAUGUCUUUAAAGAAGAGGAAGCUGCUGCUGCUGUUAAUACUGAGGGUGAUGGUACUUUUGAAGUGGCGAAGUCUGCUUGCUUGAAGUUUGUUAAUGAAUUGAAAGAUUUGGUCUUUGAUAGUGGUAUUGAGUAUUCUGAUAUGGAGUUAGGUGUCAGAAAACAGAUUUAUGAUUGCAUAGAGAGCUUUGAAACUAAUCAAUUAGCUGACAUUUUCAAUGAUAAAUCUGUAAAGUCUGAUAAUGUUGAUAAUGAGGUUCACUCUUCUGAUCGUCAUGAAGAAGACAACUCUUCCGAUGAAGAGACUGAAAGUUGCAAUUAUGCUGAAGAAAAGAUUAGAAAUACUAAAUCUGUCGAUGAUGAGAGGGAAGAUGCUGAGUCUGCUGAGGAUGUGACUACAUUGGCUGAGGAUGUGACUACAUUGGCUGAGGAAGAGGUUAAAAAUGAUAAACCUGCUGAAGAUGUGACUAAAAUGGCUGAGGAAGAGAGUAAAAAUGAGAAGUCUGCUGAGGACAAGUUUGAAAAGGAUGAUUCUGUUGAGUAUCCUAUUAGAAAUGAGAAAGAUUAUGGUGAUGAGAGUAACAUUGAUACUUCUUCUGAUGAAUACAGCGAACAUGAAAGUGAGAAUGUGCAGAAAGUUUAUUAUUCAGAGAGUGGAAAGACUAUUGUUAAAUACAAUGCUGAGCAUGUUGCUGAUGAUCAAGCCAACACUGAUCAUGUUGCUGUACUAGAGAGCAGAAUUAUUGAUGCUGAGGGUAAUGAUCAGAUCAAACCUGCUGCUGAUGAUAAAUUGAAUGAAGAGCACGUUUCUGCAUUAGAGAGUGCGAAGAUUGAUUCUGAGGUUAAUGAUGUAGUCACACCUGUUUCUGGCGAUGUUGUGUCUAUUCCUACGUGUAGUAGAGGUGUGAGGAAGGUUUAUGGAAAACAACCUGGAUUUGAAUUGUUUGUGGAACAAGAUGGUUAUUUUGAUGAAGUUGGUGAUCAAUCCGGCUUUGAUUUAGUUGGUAGAGGAAUUGAAGUGGGAUUAAAAGAUUCUUGUACUGAGAAUGUCAAUAAGGAUGCUUCUGAAGUUGAUACUCCUAAACCAACUAUGUUAGAUCAAUUGGUGCAAGAUGAAGUUGACAAGCUUGCUGAUGUUUGUAGCGAUGAGUUUUUGCUAACUCCAGUUGAUGCUAAUUCUGAAAAGGUUGAUUUGGCUGUUCCUUCUAAUAAGAUUCAUUUAGAGAAGGUAAAUGAAUCUGAUGAGAUAGUUGAUCUUGCUGCUGCGGAGUCAGAUGUAUCAAAUAUUGUUGCUUCGUUGUCUGUUUAUAUUCCAACUGAGGAAAAGUUGAAUGAAUCGGCUGUUUUAGCUGUAAAGCCUGUUUCACCUAAAAUUGCAGAUAAAAAUGACGACACAGUUCCUGUUGGAAAAAGUAGACCAAAACUUGUUUUUAAAAGGAAAGCAGUUCAGGUUGAUGUACCGGCUAAAUUUGCAUUGAUUGAGCGAAUAAGGAAUUUAGACUCGGCAGAUAAAGUUAAAUCAAUGGGGAUCACUUUUACAAAUCAUUGUCCUUUGUUGAUGGAAAGUGUUCAUGAUAUGUGCAACCAAUUUUGGCUUUCUGAGUUUAAUGACUGGAUUGAAACUAACACGUAUAGGAGAAAACAUCCAACCAAUGAAAUUUACUAUCCAAGAGAAAAGAUAUUACGCCCAGGAUUUAGGCUUGGUGGAGAGGAAAUUACUGUAAAAGAUUUCUUCCAUAUUUUGAAUACACCUGGUGGUUAUUUGGAAUCGAGUCAUAUUGAUUGUCUGUUUACGUACCUGCGAAAGAAGUGUAUUUUUCUGAACAACAGCUAUAGUGUUUGUGGAAAUUGGUUUGAUCAGUAUGUGCAGAAUGGAUAUCGACUCUACCUCGAGAAUCAAAAUGUCACUGAUCUGCCUCAGUUUGAUGCAAUAUAUAAUUUUAUAGUUGGAGAGGAUGGACUUUAUAAGAGGGCAUGGGGCGAUCUGAAGUUCAUACUUUUUUCAGUUCAUCUUAAAAUUGAUGGCGAAUUUAAAGAUCAUUUUAUUCUUGCCAAGCUGAGUUUUGAUGAAAGAUGCUUCUAUGUGUAUAAUUCUUCUAGGAAUCUGCUAUAUGAUGAGCCUGUACGCGAAGCUAUGACUGCAUAUUCAACGUUACUGCCAUUAAUUUUGAACUAUGUUGGAUUUUACGAUCGUACUGAUAUCAACUUCAACUCAGUUUAUUAUGUUGGCAAGAAAACAACUGAUCCAUUUGCUGUAGCUUUUAUGGAUGACCUUCCUGUUCAAGAAAAUUCAGAUUGUGGUGUGUAUGCUACUGCUUUUGCCGAAUAUUUGAUUGAAGGGAAGCGUAUUCCGAAGGCUCUUCGUAUUAAACAAAUACGUAACAGAUAUGCAGUUAAUCUUUUCAUGUAUGGUAGGUGGAAGAACAAGAGUGGUUAUGUAUCUGAUUGAAUUGUAAUUUUUGUUUUUGUUGUACAUUUGUUGAUUUGUUUUUACAGUUUUAGUAAUGUUUGACAAUUUUUUUUUUGUAAAUACUAUUAAGGAAGGAUUUGAUUUUAUUAUGA